AUGUGGCUCCCAAUAAUCCUGGGGUUCUUCCUCUCCACCUUAACGAUAGCGACGUCUUCAAAAGUGUCAGUGGUGCCACAUGACGUCUACCCGGGGUUCGAAGUGAUGAAGUUCCAGGCUGCGAAGCGACACUCCUCCAACUACCGACUGCUGGAAACCGGGUUUUCAAAGUACUUCACGGUCCUGGACAACGGAAUGAUGAUGACGACCUCGGACCUCACGCCACUGGUCAACAGGUCGAUCAACCUCUUGGUGCUCGAGGAGCUCGCCAACGGGACCCAGACCCACGAUGUCCAUCUCUUUGUCAUUAACAGAGGAAACAUGUUGAGUUUCACCCACGAGCACUUAGGUCACGGACAAGUCAUGGAGAAUUCUCAGCCUGGGACUCUGGUUGAAGAUUUUCCGAUCCUUCAUGCCGACGGAAACUUUCCGGUUCAUUAUGUCCUCCAGCCGGAGGACAAUGGCGAAAGAGCCUUCGCAUUGAUGGAGGAAACUUCCGCGGAAACGGGGUUUAAUUUGACGGUGAAGAGUCCUGAUCAGGGCGUCAGAGUUGUUACUGCCAAGCCGCUUGAUAGGGAGAUCAAAUCAAGCUAUCAAGUGACGAUAAACGCGUUUGAUGCGACAUUUAUCAGCACUUCAAAAAUCAGCGGGGUCGUGAACGUAAUCGACGAGAACGACAACAGCCCAACAUUCGAGCAGGAAGAGUACAGUUUCGAAAUGAGGCCUAUAAACGUGGACACCCUCGAGAGAGACGGACGACCCAAGUGGAGGAGGUUUGAGACCAUUGGGAGGGUGACGGCCAAGGAUGCCGACGGAGAUAAGGUCGCGUACAAGCUUAUCACGCCGACCAACUUGAUAAUUAUCGUCCCACAAACUGGAGAGCUGGUGCUCGCUGACGAGCCCGACAAUUCUAUAGACCAGGACUCGGAGGUCGAAGUGAUGAUUGAAGCCCACGACAUUCGCUCACCGACUCGGAGCACUUUGAGACCCGCGAGGGCGGUGAUCCGGUUUCUGACCUCCGAGUUUCUGGAGCCAGAGACGCCCAAGGUUCAUCGGAUCCAGAAGCGACGGGUCACCCGUGCAGUUCGGCCCACUAAGAAGGUCGAGUUCUUCGAAUCAGAGGGCGACGUCGAGGGUAAAAUUGUCUUCUCGCUGGAGAAAGAGACCGAGAAGGAGACUUAUAAGAUUAGAGAUGAAAACAAGUGGGUUACGGUCGCGGAAAAUGGAUCCGUUCGAGUCAAGGAGAAGUGGGAUUACGAGGAACUCGGCCCUGAAAAGACUAUUGACUUUUGGGUUACUAUUAAUAAUGCGAAUACGGACAAUCAACGAGUUAUAAUAAACAUCAAAGACGUUAACGAUGAGUCACCUUACUUCAUUAACAAGCCGUUGCCGAUGCAAGCAGUGGUACAGCUCAAUGCUCCUCCGAACACUCACGUCUUCACUUUACAAGCCAGAGACCCCGAUACCGAUCACAAUAUUCAUUAUUUUAUUGUCAGAGAUCGAACUGGUGGUCGAUUCGAGGUCGACGAACGAUCAGGAGUAGUUCGCACUCGAGGUGCAGAUGUUUUUCAAUUGGACAUGGAGUACGUAUUGUACGUGAAAGCUGAAGAUCAGAACGGAAGACUAGAUGAGAAACAUUUUCAGUCGACGCCUGAAGAACGGCUAUCGAUCGUCGGUGGAAAACGUGCCCCCCAAUUUUACCUUCCCACUUAUGAAACCGAAAUUCCGGAGAACCAGAAGAAAGACACAGACAUAAUAUCCGUGAAAGCCAAAUCGUUCGCUGACAGAGAAAUCCGGUACACCUUGAAAGCUCAGAGUCAAGGAGCCGCGGGUACGUUCAAUAUUGGACCGACAUCUGGGAUCGUCAAACUCGCCAAGGAGUUGGACUUUGAAGAUGUCAGGCAGCCUCAUGUUUAUUCGCUAGUUGUAACCGCGACUGAAGACUCGGGCGGAUUCUCAACUUCUGUUGGGUUAACGAUUCGUGUUACUGACGUGAACGAUAAUGCACCUAAAUUCGAGCUGCCGGACUACCAAGCCCACAAUGUAGAUGAAGACAUGCCACUGGGUACAAGUAUUCUCAAAGUAAAAGCCACCGAUGCGGAUUCCGGAGCUAACGCAGAUAUUGAAUAUUUGGUUUCUGACGAUCACUUUAGUGUGGAUUCUAGUGGGAUUAUUGUCAACAACAAGCAGCUUGACGCUGACAAUAAUAAUGCAUAUUAUGAAUUCAGCGUCACGGCAAAGGACAAAGGAAGCCCAUCAAAAACGGGAACAGCAACAGUAAGAAUUUACACAAAAAAUAAAAACGACGAAGAGCCAAAAUUCUCCCAGCAAGUAUACACGCCAAAUGUGGACGAGAACGCCGGGCCUAACACCUUGGUGACGACCGUAGUCGCGUCCGACAAAGACGGAGACAACGUACGCUUUGGUUUUGUUGGUGGUAGCACAUCAUCCGGGCAGUUCGUCAUCGAGGAGAUAACCGGCGUUAUUCGUCUACAAGGUGAUAAAAUAUCCCUUGACCGGGACAAGUACGAGCUGAACGUCACGGCGAUGGAUGACGGGGCCUGCUGCCCAGACGGGAAAAUGAACAUACACACGAGCACCGCGGUUGUCGUCGUAUUUAUCACCGACGUUAACGACAACAAGCCAGUCUUCAAAGACUGCGGGAGUUACUCCCCUAAAGUCGAGGAGGGCGCUCCGAAUGGCAGCCCCGUCAUUAAAGUCCAGGCCACUGACGAAGACAAGGGAGUUAAUGGACAAGUAAAGUAUUCUAUUGUCCAGCAGCCCAAUCAGAAAGGUACUAAAUUCACUGUUGACGAGGAAACUGGUCAAGUUUCGACCAACAAAGUGUUUGAUCGUGAAGGAGACGACGGAAAAUUUGUAUCAGUCACUGUCAAAGCUACUGAUCAGGGCGAACCUUCUUUAGAAGGUGUUUGCUCAUUUACUGUUGAAAUUACCGACGUCAAUGAUAACCCGCCUCUUUUUGAUCGUCAGAAAUACGUGGAAAACGUAAAACAAGACGCAAGUAUAGGAACAAACAUCUUGCGAGUAUCGGCAUCAGACGAAGAUGCCGACAACAACGGUGCAAUAAUAUACUCUCUGAGCUCUCCAAGCAAUAACCAAGACCUGGAGUAUUUCGAGAUCCAGCCCGAGUCGGGUUGGAUCGUCCUGAAGAAGGCUUUAGACCGCGAGACAUACAAGCUGGAGGCGAUGGCACAAGACAAGGGUUAUCCGCCCUUGUCGCGAACCGUGGAGGUUCAGAUUGACGUUGUGGACCGUGCUAAUAAUCCGCCCGUAUGGGACCACGUUGCGUAUGGCCCGAUCUACUGUAAAGAGAACACAGCCGUUGGGGCUAAAGUUGUGUCUGUUAAAGCCAGACAAGAAGAAAAAUUUUUUUGUAUGAAAUUUUUGGAGAGAGACUUGCAUCAAGUAUAG